GGAAAUCUGUAUUUGCGCAUAGCCGAGGGAAAAGGAAUAGCCACAAAAACAAAGUUUUGAAAACGUGAAAUAAAGAGUUAAAUGAGUCCUUAAACAGAGGCAGUUGAAGGUUUAGAAUGAGUUACAAUCUGUCGGAGGAUCUGGAGAGGAAACCAGUGUGUUUCAAGGAUAGAGAUACUCCUGCAAGCCAUGUAGAUUCAGUUUAGAUACCCGGGAGCAGAUAUAGAUACAGAUACACACCGCUAGAAGAAUCUAGAGCACAUCCCGUCAUCCGCCAUGAAGGUGUUUCGGUUGAGAUUGGUGAAGCUCCUCCUGCUGGGGUUCCUGCUGGCCAACCUGGUGUUCUUCUAUUACACAUGGAACACGUUACUUUGGCGCCGGAUAAGUAGAGCUCUCUCCGGGGAAUCCCCUGCACCCGAGGAACCUCCGAAGGCCGCCAAACUUUCGGCGAAGGAUAAGCUGCGAAAUGCCAACAAACACAUAAGGAAGUCCAUCACCAUCGUGUUCUACGGUCACUACAACUUCGAGCAGGAUCUGCGAGCGAGCAUCGAUAGCAUCCUGGAUGUGAUACCCAACAUGCCGAUCCUGGUGCUCCAAGACGGCGGAGCGGAGUAUGCCUAUCCCCCAGUUAGCUACGAACGGAAUCUAACCGCCGGCGAGGAGAGCACGGUGGUGUUCAAGAGCCUGGCCUUCGAUGUGCGACACACGCGGCAGGAGCUGAAUCCCUUGGCCUCCAUCCGCACCAAGUAUGUCCUCAUCAUGCCGGACAGCGUGCGGCUGAGCAGCAAGAACAUCCUGCAGAAGAUCCUGCGCGAGAUCAACUCACUGGGCUUGCCAGGUCAGCCCAAGGAGCAGAGGCCACCUGUUCCGCCGGAGGAAACGGUGCGCCGAAUGGUGCUUGUUCCCUUCGCAGGAAACCUCAAGACCUUCAGCAGCUGCGUCCGGAUGACACUGGAUCUGCCGGACUGGACCCUCGAACUGGUGGCCACCAACGACAGCAAGCGAUGUGAUUUGUUCCUGCAAAAGCACGCAAUCCUGCUGGAUGCCACGGUCCUAGGAGCAAUGCCCGAGCCCUUCAGCCUGCCCUUUCCGGAAAUGCUCUACAUGCAGGCCAAAAUAGCCAACCUGUCGACCACGGUGUUCCCACAAGCAUUCCAGGAGGGUCGCCGUCUCUUCGCCUCCUUUCACACAAAACAAAGGAGGAUGGAUCUGCGUCGCCGGCAGUUUAGGGAAAUGUACAAAAAGCUGCAGAUCAAAAGGAUCGUGAGACGGGCCUACAGGGUUCCUGGAAAGGCUCAGGCGAGGGAGGUUUGGGGCCAGGGUCACGGGUUAGUCCUAGAUGGACAGUUCUCAUCCUCGAAUACCUCACUGCCGCUGAUCACCGACAUUGACUUGUUCGGCUGCGAAAGGACCACCAAAUCCUGCAUAGGAAGUGUGUACAAUGAGAGGCCCUACUACUCCUAUUUGGGGAAGCAUACUCCACCCUGCUGCCUGGACAAGCUGAGGACCACCUUCAAUCACGUCCUGGAGGAAUUCGAGAACGUGGGCAUUCGCUACUGGCUGGACAAUCGGGCUCUGCAAAGUGCCAUCGAAACGAACCACCUUUCUCCGGAUGCCUACGACAUCGAUAUUAGCUUUAAUGUCCAGGAUCUGGAGCGAUCCAACGCGAUGAAGAAGUCGCAGAGCAAACCCUACGUGGAUAACGAGGGAUUCUACUGGAUCAAGGCCACCGAUGGUCACUAUUUCCGUGUCCAGUUCUCCAAACCCAACCAGGUGGGUGUGAAUCUUCUGCCCUAUUCGAUCAGUGGAACGGAGGCGAAGGCCAGUGGAUUCUUUGGCUGGAAGGCCACCACCUUCUCGGCGGACUACCUGCAUCCCAUGUCCACUGUGCUUUUCCUCGGGAAAAGCGUCAUGUGCCCAAAUAACGUGCUCGAGUAUCUGGAGGAGAAGCACAUCAAGGUGAGAUCCGCAGACUUGGAUGCGGACGAGGAUUGAGCCAGCUUACACUCUUAAAAAAUAUUGUCUGUGAAAGGGAAUUAUUGAUUUUUGGUUCCUGACAUCUACUUUUUAUCUGCUGAAUGCUGAGAUUAUUGUUUCAGAUGGGUGACUAUUACAAGCGUGAUUUUUAUGGAAUGAGACAUUAUAGGAAAAAAGCAAUCUGUCUGGAAGUUUUCAAUUACAGAUUUUUCUUUAGGCCAAACACCAAACACUGGACUUGAUAACCCACAGAAAACAUAAAGAGUAAACUAUUUUGUAAUCAUUUUGGGCUGGAGAUUUAAAGAAGAUCUUUUAAACCACUAAUGUUUUUGUGGAACACCACGGAUUUGACUACAGUGCUAUUGAAUGUUUAUUUCUGUUCUAAGCAUUUAUACAAUUUUGUGACAUUUACAUUGAAUCUAAGUUCCUUUUGUUGGUAGACUUCGAUUACACGUUGAUAGCUAAUUUUUUGUUAGAUUAAUAGGAACAUAACACAACACAAGACGGAAGAAUCAAGAUUCUUUUAGAACCAGCAGAUCUAUAUGUGUAAAAUAAAAUACAUACAAUCAGA